AUGGCUACUGAGUUGACUGUGCAAUCUGAGAGAGCUUACCAGAAGCAACCACACAUCUUCACCAACCCAAAGACCAAGGGUAACAAGAAGGCCAAGAGAUUCGUCAAGGAGGUCGGCUUGGGUUUCAAGACCCCUAAGUCUGCCAUCGAGGGCUCUUACAUCGACAAGAAGUGCCCAUUCGUCGGUCAGAUCUCUAUCAGAGGUAAGAUUUUGACCGGAACUGUUGUUUCCACCAAAAUGCACAGAACUAUCAUCAUCAGAAGAGACUACCUCCACUUCGUUCCUAAAUACAACAGAUACGAGAAGAGACACAAGAACGUCGCUGCUCACGUUUCCCCAGCUUUCCGUGUCCAGGAGGGUGACGUUGUUGUCGUUGGUCAGUGCAGACCUCUUUCCAAGACUGUCAGAUUCAACGUCUUGAAGGUUGCCGUCUCCAAGGCCAAGUCUAAGCAGUUCACCAAGUUCUAA